CGGCGGCCGGCGCGGGUCAGGCGGCGCGUUCCGCGGAGCCGCGCCGGGCAGCAUGGAGGGCGGGCGGCGCGGAGAGGCCGCGGUGGCGGCGGCGGGGGACGGGCCCGCGCCCGUGUUCACCUUGGAGGAGGUGGCGAAGCGGAACUCCAGCCGUGAGGCCUGGCUGGUGAUCCACGGGCGCGUCUACGAUGUCACCCGGUUCCUGGAGGAGCACCCAGGUGGAGAAGAGGUGUUGCUUGAGCAAGCCGGCAGAGAUGCCACUGAGAGCUUUGAAGAUGUGGGGCAUUCCACAGAUGCCAGGGAAAUGCUGAAGCAGUACUACAUCGGAGAGGUCCACCCGAACGAUCGUGAAAAGGAAGGUUCUAAGAAGCCAAGUAGGACAUCCUCAGGCCAAACAAGUUUCUGGUCGACAUGGCUGAUCCCCAUCGUUGGAGCGCUGGUCUUAGGUUUAAUGUAUCGCUAUUACAUGGUGGAUGGGAAAAGCUCCUGAGCUGGCUUUGCUGGGGCCUCAGACAGCCUGAAAAGAGGGAGAGAGAGUGUGUGUGUGCAACACAUGGAGUUCUGCUGCCCUUAGCCUUCCUGCCUUGCUUUUAGCUCUGAAUCUGUGAAGUGAUGUUGAUAUCCAUGGGACCAAGCUGAUUCCAAACUCUAUCCUAACUCUGGGACCCACAGAUCUGUUGUACCUCCCUCUCGCAGUGGCAGGGAAAGAGGAACUUCCAGUAUUCCCUAACAUUGGUGUGGUGUCCCCCGUGCUCUCUCUCUCUCUUGCUCUCUCUCUGACAUAACCCCCAGACAGCCUCUCUCUCAAUGCCUUUGCGUUAAGCCAGACACCAUGAAAGAGCUGCCCUGGGCCUGUGGCUCUGCCUCAGCCCUUCACACAGUCAGGAAUCAUCUGCCAGUUUUCUCCAGCUCUUGCCAGAAAAGAUGUUCAGAGCUUUGGUUCCACAAGAACAUUCCCAGAGCGUGCAGGCAGCACUAAUUGGAGUGGCAGGGAAUUGUUGGUUUGGCCACCUCUUUCUGUACCUGUCUGUUUUUAACGGUUAAACAAAUACAUGGAUUUUAAAAGUG